CUGUUGUAGUGAGUAUGAAAAUAAACCCUAAUAGUAGGCUAAAUAUAAUACAGUUUAGACUUAAGUUAUGCUUAAAAUAAGUGGCCUCAUUUCAACAUAGGAGAAUAUAAGUGAUGGAAAUAUUAGUGUGACACAGAGUUUUGCAGUGGGCUGGCUGUAAAGCUACCUUGGUUCUGUCUCUAGAUGGGGCCCUCUACAAAACGUUACCGUGUGCGUGUAAAUGCGCGCGUGCGUCAGCUCCAGUUCUCCAGGCUCGCUUGGUUUCAGCGCGAGGACAGAGAAGCUAGUUUGGGAUCAACAGCCCCGAAGGACCUGCGCGGCUCUCGACGUCUCUGUCGGACUGCACGGGGUGAACUCGGUUCUGUUUCCCUCUUUAAACACGCGUCUACCCUGCUCCUUCAUGUUUCACUCCUCCGCCACCUGGACAGUGCGCUUUAUUCUCCCCGGGCCCGGCUGCUGAAGAAGAAGAAAAACAAGAAUUACCAACAAGAAAACAACAACAACGAGACGAAAAGUUCCAACAGAAGACACCCAGCUCCUAAACUGGAUAAAAUUAUCCUCGGCAUUAUUUUUGCUAUCUGAAAAGUGACGCUAUGAACUCCCUCCUCAAGAGAUUGCUCUGGAUGCUUUUCUUGUUUCCAAGUCUGAGAUGUGACGCUGAUCUAGGUCUGUCAGUGGAUACAGAUGGAGCUGAAGCUCAGAGUGGAGCUGCACCCACAGGUGAAGCUCCUCAGGGUUAUUUCCUGGAGUUUGUGGAGCCAGUCAACAACAUCACCCACUUCCAGGGCCAGACAGCCACGCUACACUGCAAAGUGACAGGAAAUCCACGACCAACCAUCCGCUGGCUGAAAAACGAUGCCCCUGUGGUCCAGGAGCAGGGACGCAUAACCAUCCGAAAGACAGACGCAGGAUCCAAGCUCCGCAUCCAGGACCUAGACACGACAGACACCGGCUAUUAUCAGUGUGUUGCCUCCAACUCACACAAGGUCAUCUCUGCCACAGGUGUCCUGUACGUCAAACUAGGACAGAUGCCCACACAUGGCCCAGAUGAACGGUCACAUGAAAAAGGUUUCUGCCAGCCAUACCGAGGCAUUGCCUGCGCUCGCUUCAUUGGCAACCAAAGCAUUUAUGUCGAGUCUCUGCAGAUGCAAGGGGAGAGUGAAAAUCGCAUCACAGCUGCCUUCACUAUGAUUGGCACCUCCACCCACCUGUCAGAUCAGUGCUCCAAUUUUGCCAUCCCGUCCUUCUGCUACUAUGUCUUCCCCUUAUGUGACGAGGGCACUCGGGCCCCUCGGCGGCGUCAGCUCUGUCGAGAUGAGUGUGAGGCCCUGGAGAACGACCUGUGCCACACAGAGUACACCAUUGCCCGUUCCAAUCCCAUGAUCCUCAUGCAGCUGGAACUCCCCACCUGCCAUCUACUGCCACGGCCAGGCACGCCUGAUGCUGCUUCCUGUAUGAGGAUUGGAGUGCCACCAGAAAAACUGGGUCCAUAUUCCCCCACAGACCACAGCUGCUACAAUGGAAGCGGGGCUGACUACAGGGGCACAGUCAGCAUCACUAAAUCUGGUCAUCACUGCCAGCCGUGGAGCGCUCAGUACCCUCACAGUCACCACCUGUCCCAGGAAUACCCCGAACUCUGGGGAAGUCACAACUUCUGUCGUAACCCAGGGGGCCAGAUGCAGGCGCCCUGGUGUUUCACCCUGGACCCUCAGGUCAGGGUGGACCUGUGUGACAUCCAGCCCUGCAAGCCUCCAGAGAAUCCCAGGAAGGAGAUCCUGUUCAUCUUAAUCCCUGCAAUUGCAAUCCCAUUGGUCAUCGCUUGCCUCUUCUUUCUGGUUUGCAUGUGUCGCAAUAAACAAAAGGCAUCAACUGACACACCACUUCGCUGCCAGCUUAACAGCUCACCUAACCAGGACAUGGAGCUGUCUCUCCUCAAUCAACAAAAACAUCAGGCCAAGCUGCGGGAGAUUAACAUGUCAGCAGUACGGUUUAUGGAGGAGCUUGGCGAGGAUCGGUUCGGUAAGGUUUACAAGGGCCACAUGUAUGGCACCGCACCUGGUGAGCAGAUCCAGGUGGUGGCCAUCAAGACAUUAAAGGACAAAGUUGAUGCCACUCUGUGUGAGGAAUUUCGCCACGAAGCCAUGCUCCGCUCUCACAUACAGCACCAAAAUGUUGUUUGUUUGCUGGGUGUGGUGACCAAAGAGCAGCCAAUGAGCAUGAUAUUUACUUACUCUGGCCUUGGUGACCUACAUGAGUAUCUGGUGAUGCGCUCCCCCAACUCAGAUGUUGGCAGCUCAGAUGAUGACAAGACAGUCAAAUCCACACUAGAGCAGGCUGAUUUCCUUCAUAUUAUCACCCAGAUUGCUGCCGGAAUGGAAUACCUUUCCAGCCAGCAAGUCAUCCAUAAAGACCUUGCUGCUCGAAACAUUCUAGUCUUUGACAAACUCAGCAUCAAGAUCCUGGAUCUGGGCCUGUUCAGAGAUGUCUACUCUGCUGAUUACUACAAUCUCAUGGGCACAAGUCCUUUCCCCAUUCGUUGGAUGUCCCCAGAAGCUAUCAUGUAUGGCAAGUUCUCCACCGACUCCAACAUCUGGUCUUAUGGUGUCUUGCUGUGGGAGACUUUCAGUUAUGGUCUGCAGCCAUACUGUGGCUACUCAAACCAGGAUGUGAUUGAGAUGGUGCGCAGCCACCAGCUCCUGCCUUGUCCAGAUGACUGCCCAGCCUGGAUAUACACCCUCAUGCUGGAGUGUUGGAGUGAAUUCCAAGCAAGAAGGCCUCGCUUCAAGGACAUCCACAUGCGACUGCGCUCCUGGGAAAGCUUGUCUAACUACAACAGCUCUGCUCAGACUUCUGGCACCAGCAACGCUACCCAGACCAGCUCCCUCAGCACCAGCCCUGUGAGCAACAUCAGCAUGAGCACAGCGAAUGCAUCCCGCUACACUAGUCCUAAAAAGGGUUCACCAUUCCACCAGCCCCAGUUCAUGCCCAUGAAGGGUCAAAUGCAUCGGCCAAUGGUGCCACCACAGCUCUACAUCCCUGUCAAUGGAUAUCACCCCAUGCCAGCUUACCCAUACCUGCAGAACUUUUACCCCAUGCAAAUAACCAUGCCCAUUCCCCACCAGCAGAUGCACCACCCACCACAGAUAGUUACCAAAGCUGGUUCCCACCAUAGUGGUAGUGGAUCCACAUCUACAGGCUAUGUCACCACUGCCCCUUCCAACACUUCUGUCACAGAGCAAGCAGCUUUGCUAAAUGAGGACUCCAAGACCAAUGAUGAGGACUUGGCUGACAGGGAGUCCCAGGAAGAGCCAGACCAAAACAAGGACUUGUUAGUGCCUGAAACCGAAUUGCUAGGUGACAAUGACCCUCCACAGACUGACGAACUGGUGUUUCACCUGUCAGACACAUAAAUGUGGUGCUCUUUGAAGAAUAGUAGAGCUGAGGUAUGCUAUGAGCUGUGCUUGCCAAAAAUUCAAUAAGCAGCAUAAAGUGAAGUGAGCAAUUUUGACUAACAGUGACUGAAUGAACUUUCUUAGAUAGUACUGACACAUUUGAAUGUCAAGUGUGUUUUAUGUUUGCACCUCUCAAACUCCUGUGUCAGUGACUAAGCAAAAUUAAUCACACAAUCCUCUAUAGAACUUGUUUUUAUAAUGUUGCCAUUCAGAGGAAUUUAUUCUCUUGCUGUUGCUGUGCAACACAAAUUUCCACAAAAACCCUUUCCACAAGUACGUUAGAGAUUGCCUUGCCUUAAUGAAAGUUUUGCCUUUUUUGAUGCACAUUGUACUACUUCUUUUUGCUUGCCAGCAAAGGCCAUUCAUUGGGGGUGGGAUUCACACCUCCAGUGCCCACCCCUCAACUUCAGAUACCACAUCCCUCUAUAUAGUCACACCGACCCAAAAGGGAAUGCUAGUUCAGCAAAAAGUGAGAUGAUUCCUCACCAUCUUUUCACCCGCUUGCAAUGCCAGUUGUUUUUACUGGAAGACACAACAGGCUGUUCUCACAAACUGUUCAUACAUUUUCCUAUGAAAAGUAAUGCACCCAAAUUUUCACAUAUCCCACAUAUUUUGGAAGGUUGCAAUCACAUGACUACUGCGCUAAUGGCAGUAAACAAGGAAGCAGUCUCAAGCAGUCUUGAAAGGAGGCAGGUUGGGGUGGCGGAUGGGUCACAAAAACGUGGACUUUCCCCUGGGACUUUCCCCUGGAGAUGUGUGUUCAGAACCAUGCAAGCUUUGAGUGAACUUCAAGUCAUUUCAAGGUACAUCCUCACCAAGUUUCUUGUCCUAAACCCAACCACAGUAACUUUACAUGUCUAAACCCGAUCUCUCUGAACUUUUGUCUGUGCAUUUUUAUUGGAUAUCAUACAAACCCUUCUAUUGAGGAUACGUUGGACACAACCAAGGCAGAGGUAUUGCUUCAGGAACUCAGACCUGAACCCAGAUUUCUGUACUAGUUGUGUUUUGCUUGGGCGCAACUUGUACACCCCUUAAUGACAAUUUAAUGUUGUUUUUGGGGUUAUUAUUCUAUGGUUUGUUAAAGCCACAAUCAUAAAAGAAUAGAAUGUAUAAAGUUUUGAAAGAAACAGUCUAUGGGUAACUUUGUUUACGUGUACUUAUUGAAAUGUAUUCUCGGAAUGUACCUACAUCAAACAAAUCAAAGAAUAAGACCCAAGACUCUUUUCUUUUUCAGGCCUGUGACAAAGUUCACAUAUGACUUAUUACCCACAAGGUUGAUACUUUUAACAUCAUCUUUGAUAACCACAUUGUACAGAUUUUUAAUUUGUGUACUUUGGUUUGAACAUUUCAUUUGUGUAUAGUUUUUCUUUAUUGGAGAAGAUUCCUAAGCCUAGUGUUAGUACAAUGUCUUUUCCACCACGUUUGUUUUGUUUAGGUAGUGUUUUGCUUACCAUAUAAUAUGUACAUCCAGCUAUGGAUUAUCCAAUAAAGUCAUAUGAAAAAAUUGUGUAUUUUUUCUCAGUAAGAGGAGAAAGUCAUGUCCUAUCACUAAAUUAUAUUUUGUCAUAAUCUGUCAUUAGAUGUGCCCAGAGUCUAAUAUAUGAUACACUGUACAGUCACGUCAGGCCACAGG